AUAAUAAAAAGCAUUAGACGCUAUGUUCUGGUAGACACAAAAAUCACAAUCAUCUGUCAAAAAAUACUAAAGUUCUUGUAACUUUAAAAACUCCAUUUUUGCAUAUUUUUCACCCAAAUCUCAUUUUAUUUAACCGUUAUGUACAAUGCUUCACACAAAAACAUUAUUUUUGAUUCUAUGGAAGUUUAAAUCUAGUUAAAACCAUAUCAGAAAUAAGAAUAUAAUAAAAACUUGGAAGAUGUUUGCCACACACUUAUCGUUCAAGCUACUCAAAACUCUCACAACCUCAAAUUGCAACGUUAGUCGAUGGUCAGCUCUAGAGAAAAUAUUUAACACCAAACCGGGUUUAAAUCUUGACAUAGUAACAAAAAAUGUUGGCCUCUUUGGGGUCUCCCAAUUAACCACUCACGAAGGUUUUUACUAUGUCACUCAAAAAUGCGUCGAAAAAACCGAUGAUUUAGUCCGAGAGGCUCUUUCAAGCGACCGCAAACGAAAAAUGGUGGAAAUUUUCGACGAAUUGUCUGACUCUCUAUGCCAAGUGGCUGAUUUGGCUGAGUUUAUCAGAUUUGCACACCCGUCGUCUGAAUACAUUGGGGCGGCGGAGCACACAUCAGUAGCCAUAAGUAAACUAGUCGAAAGGUUAAACACGAAUAUUGAAAUGUACAAAGCCCUAAAGACUGCUGUAAAUACAACAGAUAUAGUCCCAACGACCGAAGUUGAUAAUCUCGUUGGGAAAUUAUUUUUGUUUGAUUUUGAACAGUGUGGGAUUCACCUAAACGAACACAAGCGAAAUCAGGUUGUCGAACUUAACAACAAAAUAUUAUGCGCUGGGCAACAAUUUCUGAACGGAAUUUCAAAUCCUAAAGUCAUUAAGCAAAGUGUCCUUCCGGAAAGUGUCCGCGAUGUGUUUUCAAGUGAUGGCGAUAAAGUGAUUAUUUCGGGCCUCUACGCCGACUCCUCAAACCCCCUUGUUCGUGAAAUGGCCUACAAGAUAUUCCUCUACCCCGACCCCAACCAAGAGUACCUCCUCAACCAGUUGUUGGAUUCGCGACACGAGCUCGCUCUAGCGUGCGAUUUUGACACUUACAGUGAACGCGCACUCCGCGGGAGUAUUCUAGACAAGCCCCCUGAAGUCAUGGAGUUGCUCGAGAAAAUUUCCGAGAGUAUCAAAAGCAAGGCAAUGGCCGACUUCUCUGACAUGUCCCAUUUGAAAAUGAAGGAAAAUCCAAACGGGGGGCCUUUAGCAGUUUGGGACGUCCCUUACUUCACUCAAAAAGCCAAAAGAGACAGGUUUGAGGUCACCAGUAAGGAAUAUUCGCCGUACUUUUCCCUUGGGGCUUGCAUGGAAGGCUUAAAUUUGAUCUUCAACGCCCUCUAUGGCAUCUCUCUGGUCAACUCGGAAAUCGCCUCGGGCGAGACCUGGUCUAAAGAUGUGUACAAACUCUCAGUCGUGCAUGAAACUGAAGGCUUGCUGGGGUACAUAUAUUGUGAUUUCUACGAACGCAACUUCAAACCGAAUCAAGAGUGCCACUUUACCAUCCGCGGAGGCAAAGUUCUCCCUGAUGGUACGUACCAAUUGCCCAUCGUGGUCCUCAUGCUGAAUUUCCCGCUCCCGCGAUGGUCCAGUCCCACUCUAUUGUCGCCCAAUAUGGUGGACAAUCUCUUUCACGAAAUGGGGCACGCUAUGCACUCGAUGCUUGCCCGAACCCAGUACCAACACGUCUCGGGUACCCGCUGUAGUACCGACUUUGCUGAGGUACCAUCUAUUUUGAUGGAGUACUUUGCUUCGGACCCUCGAGUCAUCAAACUUUUUGCCAAGCAUUUUCAAACCAAAGAACCUAUCCCCGAACCCAUGCUGGUCAAACUUUGCGCCUCCAAGAACCUCUUCAGUGCCAGCGAGACCCAAUUGCAGAUAUUCUACGCCGCCUUAGACCAGAUCUACCACGGCAAACACCCAUUGAGUGGUACCACGACGGAGAUUUUGGCCGAAACACAAAACAGGUUCUAUGGUUUGCCAUACGUACCACACACCACGUGGCAAUUGAGGUUUAGUCAUUUGGUGGGGUACGGGGCGAAAUACUACUCCUAUCUAGUCUCAAGGGCUUUGGCCUACUUGAUUUGGGAGACUUAUUUUAAAGUGGAUCCGUUGAGUCGGGUCCAAGGGGAGAGGUACCGGAGGGAGUGUCUAGCGCAUGGUGGGGGAAAGAAUCCCACAGCUCUGAUUGGUGAUUAUUUGAAGGUCACCCCCACUCCUGGCUUAUUAGCCAAUAGUUUGAAUAGUGAAAUUGAAAGUAGUCAAGGCCAACUGAACGAAAUGCGAAAUUAUUGUAAUAAAUUAUGA